AUGGCGAGUAGCAAGCCACUCUCGGAGCUCACGGUUGCCAUCACCGGCGCAGCAGGAGGACUCGGCAAGGCGAUCGCCCAGACGUUCCUCGAUGCCGGCAGCAAGGUCGCCAUCUGCGAUGUGAACCAGGAGCGGCUCGACCAGGUCAAGGAGGAGUGGAAGGCGCACGAGGGCAGGGUACUCGUCUCCAAGACGGACAUUACCGACGAGGCUGAAGUCGAGGCCUUUGUCCAGGGCGUGACUGAGAAGCUCGGGGGCCUCGACAUCUUCAUCAACAACGCGGGCAUCAUGGACAAGUUCGACGCCGUGGCCACGACGCCCAAGGCGGUAUGGGACCGUGUUAUAGGUGUCAACGCCACCGGUGCGUUCUUGUGCACCAAAUCCGCCGUGAACGUCAUGCUGGCCUCCGGCACGGGUGGCACCAUCAUCAGCAUCGCCUCCAACGCCAGCAUAUACGGCGUCGCAAGCGGGGUGGCCUACACGGCGAGCAAGCACGCGCUGCUCGGCCUGGUCCGCAACACGGCCGGCUUCUACGGGGACAAGGGGGUGUACAGCGUCGCGCUGGUGCUGGGGGGCAUGGACACGACCAACCUGGUGGACGCGUUCCGGGAGGGCGUCAACAUGGAGGUCCUGGGCAAGAUGAAGGGGUUCCUCCCGGGCUAUGUGCCCGGCGAGACGGGCGUCGAGCCGGCGGAUGUGGCCAAGUACUGCGUCUUCCUAGCGGAUCGGGCGGUUGCGCGGGCGAGCAAUGGGGGGACGAUUAAUGUGAACAACAACUGGCCUACGAUAUGA